UUAUUUUGCAUAAUGUAAAUUCUACAACUAUAAGACUAUCAAAUUUCAAAUUCUGUUUUAUUACACUUGAGUUUUACCAUGUUGUGUAUUUCUAACCUACUGUUUCCUUGCUUUAGCCACAGAACUUGUCACAAGAUCUAUCACAGUAAUGAUGGAAUCUGGCUGUGAAGAGGUGACUCUGGAAGCAGAAGUUACCAAUAAAGGUGCACUUGCAUUAUAUGGCCGUCUUGGGUUUGUUAGAGCUAAGAGGCUUUUCCGCUAUUACCUCAACGGGGUUGAUGCUUUCCGACUGAAGCUAUUGUUCCCACGUCCAGAAUCACAACACUUCCAGUCAAUGCUUGCUACGAUGGAUGAGAGUGGUGGACAUAACGAUAACAUACACGCUGAAGGGGAUGCAUUUUCCCAGUACAUUUGAUCAGAGUUUCCCUUGGUGAAUUUGCAAUUGCAAAUACAAUUCAUAGUGGCUUCAAUGGAGGUUGCUUAAGACUUUCUGAUUAUACAUCAUAAAAUCAAAAACUUUCAAUUUAUAUAGAGAUUUCCAUAAGUUGGUGUAACAUGGAAGUUUUCUCAUUUGCAUCUUUCCUUUUUGGAAUACAUGAGAAGGAAGUGAAAGUAGAACUUGAUUCCACAUAUAGGCAAAUAUAUCGCGGAGUAGGUCCAUGUUGCAUCAUGGAUACUAAUGUAGGUUUAUUAAAAAUUCAAA